GAUAAUUUGGUCACUUUGAAAAUUUGUACGAUUUCCAGACCACUAUAAAUAUCCGAUUUAAUGUUCAAUUUUGAUCAGGAAGAUAAAAAAUAGAAACAGAGUGCGCAAAGCAAAGAAGAUUUGAAAGAAUAUGGAAGUGGAGCAAGAGUUUGAGUGGAAUGAAGCGCAAAAUAUUUUGAUAAGUGUUGACCUUGUGGCUGCGGCCAAACAGCAGCUUCAGUUCCUUGCCGCUGUUGAUAGGAAUCGUUACCUCUAUGAUGGCCCUGCCCUCAAGAGGGCCAUCUACAGGUAUAAUGCUUGUUGGCUGCCCUUACUUGCCAAGCAUUCUGAGUCCCAGAUUUCUGAAGGGCCUUUGGUUGUUCCUCUUGAUUGUGAAUGGGUUUGGCAUUGUCACAGGCUUAAUCCAGUACAAUACAAAUCUGACUGUGAGGAACUUUAUGGAAGAAUCCUUGACAAUUCUAAUGUUGUGUCUUCCAUUCAAGGCACUUGUAAAAGGCAAACUGAAGAAAUUUGGAAUAGAUUGUACCCAGAAGAACACUACAACUUCAACAUAACUCAAGCAUUCUUGGAAAAUAUCUCCGAGACACUUCCUGGCGUUCAAAAGUACACUAAAUAUGAUCUAGUUUCAGCAGUUAAAAGGCAGAGUCCUUUCUUUUACCAGGUAUCCAGACCCCAUAUGAACAAUGAUCUCUUUCUUGAAGGAGCUGUUGCUAGAUAUAAAGGAUUUUUGCACCUAAUUAAGAGAAACAAGGAGAAGUCUAUAAAACGCUUUUGCGUUCCUACCUACGACAUUGACCUCAUCUGGCACACUCAUCAGUUGCAUUCUGCUUCUUAUUGUAAAGAUCUCAAUGAAUUACUUGGAAAGGUUUUGGAGCAUGAUGACAUGGACUCAGACAGAACUAAAGGGAAGAAACUGGAUAGUGGGUUUUCUGGAACUACCAAGCAGUGGGAAGAGACAUUUGGUACAAGGUAUUGGAAGGCUGGGGCAAUGUAUAGGGGCAAUGCCCCUUCUCCUCUCACAACCACUCCUUGCUUGUCUGACACGAAUGGCAAGGAGGUAGAUGCAUCCAACAAGUUUCAGAAUACAAUUCAGCUUCCCCAGCUGAAGUUUGUGGAGGCCCUUUUGGAGUUUGUCGAAGUUAGGAACUUACCAGAGGGGCACAAGGGAAGUCUCUUUGUUUCAUUUUGUAAGAGACAACCUGAUGCACUCUUUAAUGCUAAGCGCAAACUGAGUAUUUUGUCCGAGUCUGGAGAGAAACAGGUUGCUUCUUUUCAAUGUGAACCGACAGGAGAGCUGCUCUUUGAACUCAUAUCCCAUUCAACUUCCAAAUUACCAAUAACAAGGGCUCCGAAAAUAUUGGGUUCUACUUCACUCUCUCUCCAAGAAUUUCUGGCCCCAGUCUCUAAACUUUCAGUGGAAAAAUGGUUGGAGUUGGUGCCAAAUUCUAGCAAUAAGAUCUCGAAACCAAUCUGCCUUCGAGUUGCUGUCUCUUUCACUGUUCCAUCUCUAGCACCGCUUGUGCUUCGCAUGCGAUCUCAACCAUUUUCAAAAAGUUCUUGUUUCUUCCCGCUACCAGGAAAAGUUCAGCAUGCCAAGAGCUCAACGCUUGUCAUUGAUGAAACUGGUACAGAGGUCAUCAGCCUCCAAAUGAGGGACUCAAAGAAUGACAGGGCAAGAGAAAAUUGUGUUCCUAGGAAGGAGGUGAUUGGUAUUACUUUUUCUGGUGAAACACGCACUCUUGCAGAGUUUGUCGGAACUGGGUGGUCUUUAAUGGAUUCUCACUGGUCCCUUCAUCUUCAAAAGAAAUCCAGUGACGAUGGCCAUCUCUUUGAGCUCAUGGGCAGUAGGAAGGUAAAAUUCUUCUCAGGCAGAAAGCUGGAAUAUGAACCCAUACAUUGUCAGAAGCAUAGAAGUGAACAGGAUUUUAUGACAGCAGUUGAAUUCUCUAGGGAAGAUCCGUAUGGCAAAGCAGUGGCAUUGCUUGACUUGAAAUCAGGACUUUUCAAGGUAAAGGAAGAAUGGGUGGUGGUGCCUGGAAUUAUAUCCGCAUUUAUACUUACUGAUAUUUUCAAGAGGGAAGGAUAUGGUGGAUUUGCUGUGAAUUGCAAAAUUUUUGAGAUGGAUAGUCCAACUGAAAAAGUCGAUGGUCUCUAUGAGGAAGACAAGAGAACCAACCUGACCACUUCUGUAGCAAGUGAAGUAGAGUUGAGUGUGGACAUGGCUGAAGGAAAUGCUGCAAUACCAGAACAAAACAGCUUGUCUAGUGGAGGUUGCGGUGGAGGUUGUGGUAGUGGCUGUGGAAACAUGGUGAAGAGCGGUGGCUGUGGUGGCUGUGGUGGUGGUUGUGGUGGGGGGUGUGGAAACAUGGUGAAGAGUGGUGGCUGCGGUGGGUGUGGUGGUGGUUGUGGUGGUAGUGGUGGUUGCGGCGGUGGGUGUGGAAACAUGGUGAAGAGUGGUGGCUGCGGUGGGUGUGGUGGUGGUGGUGGUUGUGGCAGUAAAUCCACAUAUGAAAAUAAAGCUGGUAACUCCUGCGCUGAUGAACACUCAAAGGAAACAUCCAUCGAUUCCAUCUAUGCCAGUGAGGGAGUAGCCGCUUGAUGUGCUCGCGCAUCAUGCGAGAUCAGCAAGAAGUCCAUGCAAUAUAAUUACCUAUACAGUGUACAGUGUCUUUUGCAUCAAGUACAGCUAUCUGAUAAAGCUAUGUUCUUUACAGUGUGUCUGGUCAAUAAUUUGAUCUUCAAAAUCAUCAAAUCCUUGAUGAUCCUUUGCACAUUUCUUUCCUGUACGAAGUAUUAACUCUUAUUUUAUUAAUUGUUAUGUGUUUGGUA